UCAUGAUAAAUUCAUCUCAUAUUAAUUGAAACCAAACGCUCCUCUAGUCUUCGUAGUCCACCUCUAUCCUCAACCCUUUAAAUUCUCAGGUAAGCCAAACCCUUAUUCUGAUAUAUAUUCUCUCUCUUAACAUAUAGAUAUGCAGCAAUCAACGAACUCACUCAUAUACCAACACACGUCCGAGCAAUCUCAGAUGAACUCCGUACAGGAUUUCCAAGUCGUCGCCGGCGCCGGCUCCGGCGGCGGAGCAACUCAACACCACAUUUCUUCCUCCCUCUUUGACUCCACGGCCGCGUCUAGCACCGAUUUCCUCGAACACUUUCUCUCUUCCGUCCCUUCCUCGUCUCCCUGGCCUGACCUAACAAAAUCUCAUUCCCCCUGGGACUCCCAUCACCUCACCUCUCCGCCGCUGCUACCUAACCCUAACUCCGCGGUCGACGAUCACGCUUACCACUUCGACGACCAGUCAACAGCUCUAUUGGCCUCCAAGCUCCGCCAACACCAGAUCAACGGCGACGACGGCGGUAGCUCCUCAGCAGCCAAGGCACUGAUGCUUCAACAGCAACUCUUGCUGUCCAGAGGAUUUUCAGGCACCGGACUGAGGUCCCCGACGGGACGGGUUGGAGAAAACGGCCUUCUCGGGAUGCCGUUGAGCUUACGGAACGGGGACCAAAACGAAGCCAUUGAAAAUCCAGUAAGCGACUGCUCCGUUCAGCCUGUCUAUAACGGCUCCACUGGAUCUCUCGGUCAAACUUCCUCUCAACCUCACCAUUUCAACCAUCCUCAGGGCGGAUCGAUGCAAGCUCACAAUUUCGGUGCUCAAGCACCAUCGCCGAUGAACCAACCACCGGCGGCCACAGCUAGCGGCUCGACUGGCGGUGCAGGAACGGCCCCAGUUCAGCCGAAACAGCAGAGAGUCAGGGCCCGUAGAGGACAAGCCACUGAUCCUCACAGUAUCGCAGAACGAUUACGGAGAGAGAGAAUUGCAGAGAGAAUGAAGGCUCUGCAGGAGCUUGUACCCAAUGCCAAUAAGACUGACAAGGCUUCAAUGCUGGAUGAGAUCAUCGACUAUGUCAAAUUCCUCCAGCUCCAAGUCAAGGUUUUGAGUAUGAGUAGACUGGGCGGUGCUGCAACUGUUGCUCCCUUAGUCACUGAUAUGUCCUCUGAGGGAGGAGGUGAUUAUUUACAAGGCGGGAAUGGAGGAGGGAGGAGCAGCAACGGGGGGGCAUCAUCAUCUAACAACGAGGGUAUGACGAUGACAGAGCAGCAGGUGGCAAAGCUGAUGGAGGAGGACAUGGGGUCCGCCAUGCAAUACCUCCAAGGGAAAGGCCUUUGCCUGAUGCCCAUCUCCUUGGCCACCGCCAUUUCUACCGCCACUUGUCACUCCAGGAACCCCGUCGGGGGCGGCUCAACCACCAACGCCGCUGAAGCCGCCGGUGUACCAUCUUCUCCUAGCUUUUCGGUUUUGACUGUCCAGUCAGCAACCACGAUGGGUAACGGCGCCAUUGAUCUCUCCGCUGCUUCCGUUUCGAAACCUUCAUCUUCUUAACGGCGUUGACUGUUUCCUUUAAUUUGAUAUAUUUACCCCUCCGGAGAAAAUGCGUAGAAAACGUGGGACAACUAGAGGGAAUCUCUUCAGCUUUAGAGUUAUUAACGGCCGUCAACUCUACGCGUAUGCUGGUAGACUCUAACUACACAGAUGCCACUCACCUCUCGUCUUGUUUUUAAGUAAUUUAACCAGAAUCAUCUUUUUAUUGUUUCUUUAAUCCGAAUAUUCCUUAUAUUUCAAUAGUAUUUUGUAAGUCUUUGUUUAAGGGCAUCAUACAUUAUUAUGUGACUCUUUGCUUUAGUAUCAGAAAUGAAAGAAGAAAAAAAAUGUAAACAAGACUCUGAUUCUAUGUAAUGAUGAGUUAUAGUGAUAUUGUUUACAAGUAAAA